UUCCCCUGCAUUGUGCCGGAAAACAGCAUACUUCAAGUAUAACCUUUGAACGCUUUUGUUGCAGAGGAAUAUGUAUAUGACAUGGAAGGAAUAAAUGGGAGCCUUUGAAAGGACAAUAUUUGCCUUGGAUUUGCUAUGUGGACAUCAAUACUCGUACUCACCAGUUCCUGCUAAAAAAAAAGAAAAACUUUAGAGCUCUCUUCCGAGCCAUUUUAAUCUGCUUGAAUCAAACCUGCAGUGAAGAUACAAGACAGUUUUACCAUCAAAAUGUGUUUUUAUCAGUCCAGAGAAAUCAUGCAACUCUCUGGGUUACAAACCUGCUUCCCCACACAACCAGCUCUUCUUCUUCUGGUUGGGCUCCUGUGGGGCUUCCCGACACAGAAUCAAGCUGGCAAGAUCUUAGUUUACCCAGUGGAUGGAAGCCACUGGCUCAACAUGAACAUUCUCUUGAAGGAUCUCCAUCAGAGGGGCCACAGAAUAACAGUGGUCCGCUCAUCCACAAGCUGGUAUGUCCAUGAGCAAGCUCCUCACUACACCUCUGUUACUGUGACAGUCUCGGAGGCUAGCAACCUGGAGGACCCAGAUUACAUGGCCUCGUUCCUGAGGAGAAACCUGGAGAUUUGGACAAGAGAACGCUCAGUGUUUUCCUUCAUUGCUCUCCAAAAAGAGGCAAUUCAGUUGUUGGAGGAUGCCCAUCGUGCCAGUGCUGAAAUGGCCCGUUUGGUUAUACAGAACAAAGCUUUGGUAGCUAAACUAAAGGCAACAAACUUUGAUUUGAUGUUGACUGAUCCUGGAUUUGCAGGAGGAGUUAUUGUAGGAAAGUACUUAGAGCUACCAAUAGUGUUCAAUGUUCGCUGGAUCACCAACGCAGAUGGACACUUUGCAAUUGCACCCUCACCGCUGUCUUAUGUUCCAACUAUUGGAUCCCUGGUCUCAGAUAAGAUGAAUUUUGUCCAUAGACUGAAAAAUAUGUUGCAUUAUGGCAUUGGACUGUACAUUGAUUAUAUUGUAACAAGACCCCUCUACCAGGGUGUGUGUGAUAACUUCAUAGGUCCAAACUCCAAUAUUUACUCUCUUAUUCAGGGGGCUGAUCUCUGGCUAAUGCGUGUGGACUUUGUGUUUGAGUUUCCACGCCCAACAAUGCCCAAUGUGGUCUACAUAGGUGGGUUCCAGUGUAAGCCCUCUAAACCUUUGCCAGCAGAUAUAGAGAAAUUUGUGCAGAGUUCUGGGGAACAUGGAGUGGUGGUAAUGUCUUUGGGGACUUUGCUAGGGAGCCUCCUUCCUGAAAUCUCUGAGAUAAUCGCAGCGGCUUUUGCUCGCCUGCCUCAGAAGGUAAUCUGGAGACACCUGGGAGAGAGGCCAUCUAAGCUAGGCAACAACACCAUGUUAGUAGACUGGCUACCUCAAAAUGAUCUGCUAGGCCAUCCUAAAACGAAAGCCUUUGUCACGCACGGUGGCACCAAUGGGAUUUAUGAGGCCAUCUACCACGGGGUUCCAAUGUUAGGGCUUCCCCUCAUUUUUGACCAGUUUGAUAACAUGGUGCGUCUGAAGUCCAGGGGGGUUGCCAAAGUUCUAGACGUGACAGCAUUAGAGGAGGAAACUCUGACACAGUCUCUAAGAGACAUCCUCAAUGAGAAGAUGCCCUACAAGAAAAAUAUGCUUAGAAUGUCAAAGCUACAUCAUGAUCAGCCUAUGAAACCUAUGGACAGUGCCCUCUUUUGGCUAGAAUAUGUUAUGAGGCACAAGGGGGCAUCACAUCUACGCACUGAGUCCUAUAAGAUGCCCUGGUACGCCUUCCACAACGUGGACGUGUUUGCACUCCUCCUCAGUGUUAUGGCCUGUCUACUGCUGUUGUUUGGCUUGACUUGUAAGAUAGUGAUUAAAGCUAUAAUCAGCAAGAACAAAGUGAAAUUGCAGUAGCUCAAGUUACUAUGUUCAAUUAUAUUUCUGUCAACAAUCUAUCAUAUCU